CCGGUCCCGGCGGCGAGCGCCAGAGCGUCCCCGCUCCCCGAGGGGCACGGCAGCGGCGAUGCCCAGGCGGAGCAUCGCCGAGGUGAAGGUGCUGGACGUGCAGAAGCGGCGCAUCCCCAACAAGCACUAUGUGUACAUCAUCAAGGUCACCUGGUCCAAUGGAGCCACAGAGGUCAUUUACCGGCGGUACAGCAAGUUCUUCGACCUGCAGAUGCAGAUGCUGGACAAGUUCCCCAUGGAAGGAGGCCAGAAGGACCCCAAGCAAAGGAUCAUCCCCUUUCUGCCAGGGAAGAUCCUCUUCCGCCGGAGCCACAUCCGCGACGUGGCGGUCAAACGCCUGAUCCCCAUUGAUGAGUACUGCAAGGCUCUGAUCCAGCUGCCUCCCUACAUCUCCCAGUGUGAGGAGGUGCUGCAGUUCUUCGAGACACGGCCCGACGACCUGACCCCCCCCAAAGAGGAGCCCAUUGGAAAGAAGAGGUCUGGAGCUGACUGUGCCUCGGCUGAGCCCCUGGUGCUGGAGCAGUAUGUCGUGGUGGCCGACUACCAGAAGCAGGAGAGCUCGGAGAUCAGCCUGUGCGUGGGCCAGGUGGUGGAUAUCAUUGAGAAGAACGAAUCAGGCUGGUGGUUUGUGAGCACGUUGGAGGAGCAAGGCUGGGUGCCAGCGACCUGCCUGGAGGCGCAGGAUGGAGUCCAGGAUGAGUUCUCAAUGCAGCCUGACGAAGUGCCAUGGAGAUACUGGUCUCUGCCCAGGCACCUUGGCCGCCGCCGGACUCUUGGGGACUUGUACACGCCUGGAUGGGGUCAAGAGGAGAAGUACACGGUUAUUUACCCCUACACUGCAAGAGACCAGGAUGAAAUGAACCUGGACAAAGGGGCCGUGGUGGUGGUGAUCCAGAAGAACCUGGAGGGCUGGUGGAAAAUCAGGUACCAGGGCCAGGAGGGCUGGGCCCCCGCCUCCUACCUCAGGAAGGGGAAUGGAGAUGUGCUCCCACCGAAGCUGGGCUCGGGCUCCUCGGCUCCCUCCAGUGCCCUGGAUCUGGAUGGCAUCUCCAGGCAGCAGCUGCUGGCCAGCAGGGACAAGGAUGGGCUGGGGGGCCAGAGGGACAGCAGGUUCGAGAGCCGGCCCCUGCCCAGCGCCGACAUCCGACGCAAGUCACCAAAGAUGAGGCAGAGGCCACCUCCUCGCCGAGACCUCACCAUACCCCGUGGUUUGAACCUGCCUAAGCCUCCUGUCCCCCCUCAAGUGGAAGAGGAAUAUUACACCAUUGCUGACUUCCAGACCACCAUCCCUGAUGGCAUCAGCUUCCAGGCAGGAAUGAAAGUAGAGGUUAUUGAGAAGAACCUGAGUGGCUGGUGGUACAUCCAGAUCGAGGAGAAGGAGGGCUGGGCCCCUGCCACCUUCAUUGAUAAGUACAAGAAAACCAGCAACGCCUCCAGGCCCAAUUUCCUGGCUCCCCUCCCCAACGAGAUGGCGCAGCUGCGGCUCGGUGACACCGAUGGCAGUGCCAGCGAGGAGGUGACAGGGCCCUGCCGGCCUCUGCCAGAGGCUCCUCCCAACGGCAUGGACUGCACUGGGAGGUGGGGCAAGGACUGGAAGGGGAAGGAGGCUCCCGACAGCGGGGACCUGUCCUUGGCCGGGGGCUACGAGGAGAUCUCGGACCGCGACACGGAGGAGAAGCCCAGCCUUCCACCCAGGAAGGAGUCCAUCAUUAAAUCGGAAGGAGAGUUACUGGAGAGGCAGAGACCACCCCCCAAGCCCCCAGGCAUGAUUUUGCCCAUGAUCCCACCCAAGCAGUCGGCAGCCCCGAAGGACAGCAAGAAGCCGGAGCUCAAACCGGAGAAGGGCAAACUCUUCCAGCUGAAAAAUGAAAUGGGACUGGAAUGUGGACACAAGGUGUCGGCCAAGGAGGUGAAGAAGCCAAACCUCCGGCCCAUUGUGAAGCCGACCAAGCCAAAAGCUGAGCCUGUGGAGGACAAACCUGAGCCCAUCACCCAGAACCCGUUCUUGAAGUCGAGACCUCAGAUCAGGCCAAAACCCGCUGCGUCCCCCCGGACUGAGCCACCCCCGGCCGAUGACAAACUGGACAUUUGCAGCCUGCGGAGCAAGCUGAGACCCGCCAAGUGCCCAGAGAAGCCCUCGGAGCAGGACCCCACCGCCGGGGAAAGCUCCUUCAGCAAUGCCGUGGUCUCCUCGGAGCCUUGCGGGAGGUUUCCGGAGCGGCCGGGCACGGAGAGCAAAGCUCUGCCCAAGCUGGACAUUGCCCCCAAAGAGGCACUGCCCAAAUCUCCCCUGGGCCCAGCAAGCCCCCCCUGUGCCAGGGACGCCCCUCCGCAGCGCCCCGUGGUGCCGCCUCGCAGGCCACCCCCUCCCAAGAAGAUGGGGGCUCCUGCCUGCGUCCCCGCCGAGCCCAGGGCCCCGGCACGGGAAGCUCCCGAGGCCAGGCCCUCGGCAGUGCCAGGGAGGCCCAUGCUGGUCCCUCCCAAAGCCAAGCCCUUCCUCUCUGCCUGCAUGCAAGACGAAGCCAAAGCCAGAAGCAGCGGAAACCCAAAGGUCAUCUCCAAGCCCGUGGAGAGGGGGGAGGCCAAGGAGAGGACCUCAGCCCCCGGCUGCAGCCCGGACAUCUCCAGGGAAGCUCUCUACGUGGCAGUGGCGGAUUUUGAAGGUGACGAGGAGACCAACAGCUUCAGAGAAGGGACUUUGUUUGAAGUUCGUGAGAAGAACAGCAGUGGCUGGUGGUUCUGCAAGGUCCUGGCUGGGGGGCCCUGCUGGGAGGGCUGGAUCCCUUCCAAUUACCUGCGGAAGAAGCCGUAGCUGCUCCACAGCCGGAGGCUCCCGGGUCUCUCACCUGAGUAUUUAAUGAGCAGAUUAAUUUAUAGUUUUCUGUAAGGCUGGCUUUAAAAGAAAAGAUAAUAAUUUGAGAUCCCACGCCUCCCGGCUGGAGCCCCUUGGCAGCAGCUGGAGGAAGCAGCUCGGCCUCCCCUCCCCACCCCUGUGCUCCCUGUACCCACCCUCCUCCUCACAUUCCCCAAAGGACUUGGCUCCCGUGGUUCUCUGUGCUGGGCAGGUGGCCCUUGAGUGACAUCUUGCCACCUCUGUGGUGAAUUGGAGAGAAAUCCAGCAGCAGCCAGGUGGAAUGGCACCAGUGCAGGAAAUCACAGAAGGAUUUGCCUUUCCCUGAAGCUCAGGGUCACGGUCAAGAGUUGCAGGUCAUGUUGCUUAGUCCAGGGAUGUAGCAGAGCCACGAGGAAUGUGGCAAAAAGGAGGAAGGAUUGCUGAGAACAGGUUCCUGUAGCUCUGUCUCUGGUUAAGGGCUGCACCACGCUCCCCCUACGUGGGGAUCAUCCCUUGGUCCUUCCCUGCUCUACGAUGACAAGUGUUAACUUCAACAUCCUCCUGGUGGAAAAAAAAUAGGGAAAAACACACCCUCGUUUAACAGGUCCUGCUGUGCUGCUCCAGGACAGCUCUCAGGCCUCUCCCCUGCAGUACUGCGACCAGACAUCACAGGGGUUUUGCUUCCGGAGCUGAGGAAUUCUAUGCAAGGCACAGAGGACCAGAACGACCCCAAAAACCCUGGAAAAGGGACGCUUUGCUCUCCUCCCCACACAGACUGCCCUGCCUGUUGGACUAGGAGGGGACCACCCCUUCCCAGGACCCACUGAGCUCCCCGGGCUGGCGGGCAGCAGCCGGGAGCUGGGUCCUUCCCUCGGUGCUGACAUUAUCAAGUGCAAUCCAGAAUGUGGGAGCUCAGCUCCUCAUCACCACCAGUUCUGAGGCGUGGCUGGUGCUCAGGGGCUGCCUGCCUUGUUUGUCACCCCACCUGCCUGUCCUCCAGGUACUUGCAUUUCACCCUGUGGGCCAGGUUGGCUUGGAGGGGCUUCUGGGCAAGCAGAGCCUGGGGUUUUUCCAUGCUGACAUUCCUGCCUUGCCCUCAGUGCUGCUUAUCCCAGCAGGAGGAUGAGCUGUUGUUCCCCAGUGCUGCUUUCUUUCCUUUCUGACCUUGGCUAUUUGCAGCUUCAGGGCCACAUUUCUCUCCAGAAGAGCUUUAAACCCGGAUGUCUGUGGGUUUCACAGAGUCACAGAAUUGCUGGGGCUGGAAGGGACCUCUGGAGAUCAUCCAGUCCAACACCCCUGCCAAGGCAGAGUCAGGUUUGGUGUUGACCAAGCCCUGUUGCCCUCUCUGGUCUAAUUGCAAGUGUGAGCAAUGCAGCCACAUUGUUUUGCUGCCGAAAAUAAUGACAGUUUUCCCUCUAAUUUGAGGCUGGCUGAAUUGAAGGAGCAUUCUCCACUCCCCCAGAUGCUCACUUCCUUCUCUGUCCAUAUUUUCCACCCUGGGAAUGUGAAGAUCCCUCUGCCUGCAUACAGAAGAAAAGCAGUGGUCCCAGGAUCAUUCUGGGAGGGCAAUGGGGCAGUUUGAUCUGAUAAAGUCCUGACCAUCCUCCUAUCCAGAAGGCCCAAAGUUCAUUUUUAGCCAUGGGAAUUCAGGCACCCCGGUGUGUGGCUGAUUCCUCUCCCUCCCACCUGUGGUUUUCUCCCAUGGCACAUCAGCUCCUGAUCAGGCUGACUCACCUGAGCUGGCAAAAAGCACCGUGUUUGCAAGGCAGUGCAAUAGCAAAGCUCCUUGCUGGCACCUCGGGAGGUGCUGAUGUGCUCCCGGGAGAGCUGCGGGGUGGGUUGGGACAGCGCUGCCUUCGCUCUGCCUGGCUCCACUCAACCCCUUCUGCUUUGGAAAGGACUGGGGACAGGACGAGUUAAAGCAGAGCUGCUCCGCAGCCAAAUCCAGCUCCCACGGUGUCUGGGAAGGGCUGGACCUGUAUCCCUGCUCUUGACACAGGGUGGAAGGGCUGUGUGUCCUUUUCCCGGGCACCGCGUCCUUGCUCUGCCUUUGCUGAGCGGCCUUUUCAUCUCAGCUCUGUCCCAGAGACCUCUGUGCCCUGGCUCUCCUCGGAGAGGGCUGUGCUAUUUGUGUGGCCUGGCCCCUGAGUGAGGGCUGCUCCCUCUCCCCUCCCAGCCUGAGCCUCGGAACUGGUCGUGCUCCAUUUUCUGACACAAGUACUGUAUUUGGCUCGCUGAGCGCGGGACAGGAUCGCUCCCUUCUUCCCAAAGAGCUUCCAAGAGGGAGCGCCCCGGUGGGAUCCCCCUCAGGAGGUGCCCACACCUGCAGCCUUUACCCCCUUUUCCACCCUGCUGCCUGCCAAGGGGCCGUGGGCUGCCCAAGCUCCUGUGGGGAAGAUGCCAGGAGCCCCGGGGCUGGCAGGGCUUUGUCCCCGCUCUGCUUUGUGCCCCCGCUCCUGCAGGCACCUGUGCCCCAAGCCAGGCUGCCUCUCCCCCCUGCUCCUCGCUGCCUACCUCGUGAGGAGGAGGAGGGUGGCCAAAAGCACCCCAAACUCGGGGGCAGCCCCCCACCAGCCACAGCCCAGCCUCCCAGAGCAGCCCUGAGAUCAGGGGCUGUGCCAAGGGGGGCACUGCCGUGGCUUGGGGCCCAGGAGCUGGGAUUUGGGGAUUUGGGGACAGGCCAGGCUGGGCACAUCCUGGGUGGGCAUCAGCCCUGCAGUGCCCAGCUCCUGCCAGGCUCCCAAAGCCCGUUUGUUUGUCCGUGUGUCUCUAUAUUAUGUAAUGUGUAUAAAUCUCCAUUACUGUGGGUGGGUGGGGGGCAGCAGAAGGUAGAUGUAGCUGUGUCCAUGCCCUGUCUAUACCUUCACCUUUAAGGGAUGGAUUUUUUUUUUUUAUUUGCUGGGUUUGGGGUUGUUUGGUUUUUGUUUUUUUUUUCUUUCAUUUUCUUUUUUUUUUUUUUUAAGAAAUAAAAAUAAACUGCUUGACUGGUUUCAAGCACCCUGGUGAA